AGCUCGAGUGAUGAACAAGAUGACGGCGGACGAGAUUCGGAUUCCAGCUCGUCUGCGGCAAAACCCUCCGGCGGACAAGGAGCUGCGACAGGAAAGAGUCAGCCUGGACCACGCGGGCGGCGCAAAGGUCGUGAACCCGGUGCGCCGCACACGUAUGCGGAUGCCCCCGCUGCAGACGGCGCAGAAAUCAUCGUGGAAGACAGUCUGGACGAGCACGAGCAAGACGGCGGGUUUUUUGGGCACAGCGAGGGCGCCUGGGUGGAAGAGGACGACGACCCGGAGGUGGGGGGCCAUGGCGCAGACGGAGCUCCUCCUCCAGACGAGGAUGGCUACUCGCCUGAUGACGAGAAAGGCCAAGAGCGUGGCAGUUUCGAAAGUAGGCAAAGCGACGACCAGCCACCGUCGUUGACGAAGGAGGACCUGGAGGCGGUGCUUUUGCGCGAGCGUCUCGAGCAGGAGGGUUUCGAGAAGGAUCCGAGCCAGCGGGUGAGCUCCGGCUCCAGCAACGGCCGGGAAAGCUGGCGCUCGUCGUUCGGACCCCGGGACCGCCCGCGGGCAUCAAACCAGGGCGCGCGAGACGACGAGUCCAGCAUCUCGAUUGACGACGAAGAGCCAGAGUACCCAAUGCUGGACGAUGCUGCUUCGGGUGGAGACGACGCGGCGGGCCCGCACGGACGACGAGGACUCGUUGCCGCAAAUUCCGAUCAUUCUGAGCACCUUUCAGGUGGUUUGUCCUACCACUUUCCAUCAUCGCAAACCGAGGGCGGGUCCUACGGCUUCCAACGGUCCCCCCCGAGAUCGGGUGGCAGACCCGCGGAGCACCACGGAGAAUUGUACUCAGGCCGCGCACGACCACCCCCAGGACGAGUAGAGCAGUACAAACAAGAGGCUUCGAGGACGUUCGAGGAUAGAGAACGGAGCCGCAUGACGUGGAGGGGACCCCGCCCGGUGCGCGGUAAAGAGAUGGAUGAGGUUGCCCGGUGGGAGGAGAAGCCCCGGGUUUUGAAAUACCUCUUCACCGACUCCGAGGCGGAAUUCGCCACCGCGCUGUCCCGCGCGGGGAUGGGCCCAAAGGACAGUUUUAUCCCCCAACUCCUCGUGCAGAGCAAGGCCGUGCGCACCUGCUACGAGGACACCGCGGAGUCCGAGGAGCGGUUUUUGGCGGAGUUCAAGCUGUUCG